AAGGCCAAGGAGGAGUUCCCCGAGUCGCCGGAUCCGGCAAUUGGCAUGCAGGACGAGAGGGGUGGCCGUGGUGGACGGUAGAGGAGCAUGACGUUAGGGGACAGAGAUGGAAUUUUCGCCAUGUCUUCUCCCGCUCGUCGAUCCUUGGAGUACUUUGUAAAACAACUAGGCUCAACGCAUGCGCUGUUGCCACGGCUAUCAGAGGAGUCUGACAUAUCCCUGCCCACCAGCUCACUCCCGCCCAUCCUCGCCCUCAUACAUCCAUCUCCCUCCCCCGCCUGACAAGCGCGACCUCCCUCCCACUCCUAGCAUCCCGCCUCUCUGCAGCACCGGCUGUAUCACCACUAGUCUCUGCUGCCUCCCUCGCCGACCUCUUGCCUCCCUGACCAUCAUCCGGCCGAUCUGCAUCUCCACGACAUCGAGCAAGUCCUUGAGCGCCUCGACGCGCGAGCUGCCGACUUCAGGCGCGUCUUCUUUGAGUCUGACCCGACGGUAUAUUGCAAGCAUGUUCGACCAAUUUGAUGCGGGGAAGCUGUGGUCGCUCGCGACAAAGGCCAGGCAGGCAGUGUUCUCAUUGCUACACCUAGUGUAACACACACCUUGCAGAUCGACGGGAAGCUGCAGCUCAGCUGAUCCGAGUACCACUUAUCCAUGUAGGUCGACAGAAAGGUAGUAGAACUUGAGGUAAAAUCGUCACCUCGAUGAUGGUGCAGUGACAUUGAGUGGUAUCUAUGUAGUAGCUCUGAAGCA